AUGACCAAACAAAAAAAGAAGCUCUCCGUUUCCCUGUUCCUCCAAUUUCUUCUCUUCUGUAGCCUCGGCUUUGCUCUCGGUACCAUCUCUAGGUUCUAUACCCUGCGAUUCUUCCUCCAACAUUCUUCAACUCCACCGCCGCCGUCCUCCAUGGUCAAUCACACUCCGGCGGCUGAGAAGCAGCCUGGCGGGGGCGGCGGUGACUUAGGUGAAUUCCACGAGCUUAGGGAGGUAAUGCACGACAUGAAGGAGGAGGAGCUGCUGUGGAGGGCAUCCAUGGUGCCGAGGGUCAAGAAGCUGCCAUUCGAGCAGAGGCCCAAGGUGGCGUUCCUGUUUCUCACCCGAGGGGAGCUGCCCCUUGCUCCUCUGUGGGAGAGGUUCUUCGAAGGGAAUGAGGGGUCGUACUCCAUCUACGUGCAUGCCGACCCCAACUUCAAUGGGUCAGAACCAGAACCCCAUGGAUCGGUGUUCCAGUGCCGACGAAUUCCCAGCAAGACGGUGAGUUGGGGUGGGAUGAACAUGAUGGAGGCUGAGCGCCGGCUCCUCGCCAACGCCCUCCUCGACUUCUCCAAUCAGAGGUUUGUCCUCCUCUCAGAGUCCUGCAUCCCGCUCUUCGACUUCCCCACCGUCUACUCCUACCUCAUCAACUCCUCCCGCGUCCACGUCGAGUCCAAAGAUGUCCCCGGCCACGAGGGCCGCGGACGCUUCCCGGCACGGUUCCGCCCCCGGCUGCAGCCCCAGCAAUGGCGCAAGGGCUCGCAGUGGUUCGAGGUCGACCGCGAAGUCGCGGUCGCGGUCGUGGCCGAUAGGGACUACUUCCCGCUCUUCCAGAAUCACUGCAGCCGCUGCUACUCCGACGAGCACUACUUGCCGACGCUGGUGGGCGUGCGGUACCCGGCGCGGACCCACAACCGGAGCGUGACGUGGGUGGACUGGUCGAGGGGCGGGGCGCAUCCGGCGAUGUAUUCGGAGGAGCACGUGACGGCGGAGUUGCUGGAGACGAUGAGGAACGGGAGAAGCUGCAACUACAACGGCCGGCCCACCAGGACUUGCUUCUUGUUUGCCAGGAAGUUCUCGCCCAGUUCUCUGCCGGGGCUCAUGAGGUUCGCGCCGGAGCUGAUGGGCUUCAAAUCAAAAGCGUUAGCAAAAUGAAAAUUAGUUGAUUCACUGAUGAACAAGGGGAAAAAAUGGUGAUAGAUAUAUUGAGUUUUAAUUCAAAAUAUUCCCAUUGUUUUUAGUCUCAUGUUGCUAAGCUAAGAGGCUUAGAAGACUUUAUAUAUGGAAGUCUUCCAUGUUAGCUUAGUUAAGUUAAGGAGGACCUACAUGCAUGCACGAGCCAAGCCCAAAUCAGGUGGUUUUAGGGGGUUCGAGUUGGAAAUCCAUAAACCGGGCACGUGCGUUUUUGCCAGUCCGGUUUGGUUCUGUCCGCGUGAGGAAGCGAAGCAUCGCGAUUCUAUCCGCGAGAAAGCGAUGCACCCGCGCGUGAGAAAGCAAAGCGACGUACGCUUUGGUGCGUACACUGCUUCA